AAAGGAACAUAUAUACGAUCUGAUCAAUCGAGCCAACAUAAACUUUUAAUGUCUAAUUGGAACCAGAACCAAUAUAUACAGCCCGAUAGCGAGGGGACUAACUUUGGUGCACAGGCACAUGGCCAACCACAAUUUGGAUCGUCAAGUUCAACCACCACUAGUGGAGCAACACAACCAACUGAUGGCAAUGGAUUCUUUUCAUCAUUUUCUAGUUUUGUCACUCCAAAAGUUGAUCUCUCCAACACUUUUAAACCAUUCACAACCAAUACCGACUGGUCAAACGGUAACAACAAGAUAAAGGAGCGCCAAUAUGCUGGUGGAGACACGUUGGAUGAACCAGUCUGGCAUACAUUGAAAAGAGAUUUGUCUCAAAUUGGCAAGAGAUUGGCCAUUGUAGUGUGGCCAAUGCAACUCUCUCUGCUUGCCAAGCAGCAACAGCUGCGGUUUGUGGAGUUUGCCGUGAACAAUGGAGUCCAAUUGCCACAACUGAUCCUCAACAAUCGUAGAGUAUCUGUUGACCAGAAUGCCAACGAUGACGACGACGACGAUGUUGUUGCAGAGAAUGGAACCACCAUAGACGACCCAGCCACCGAACUUAUAAAGAAUAACCUUGACUGGGACUUGUGGGGACCUCUCAUUUUCCUGUUGGUCUACUCAGUUGCACUUGGACUUGCUGCCCCUAAUAAUCAAACAAACCAGGUUUUUUCAGGGACCUUCAGUUUUGUAUGGCUUUUCUCCAUUGUCAUUGGGCUCAACAUCCAGCUUCUUGGUGGUAAUAUUUCAUUCAUGUCGGCCAUUAGUGCAAGUGGAUACUCAUUGUUCCCCAUUGUCGUAGGUAGUUUGUUGUGUUCCUUGUUGAUCAAAUGGAAACUUAUCCGUCUUGUGAUGAUGAUCGUUUUGUGUGCAUGGAGUAUUUAUUCUGGAAUUUUGAGCUUGAAGUGCUCUGGGGUUUUACCCGGGAAAGUACUAUUGGCAGUGUAUCCAGUGGGGUUGAUGUAUGCGGUGUUGGCAUGGUUAUGUGUGAUCACAUAGGAGAAAAGAUAGAUUAGAGGAAGUGAACCGAGACCUGCUGGAUUCUCUGCGAGGACUCUGACAGUCGACAGCUUCUACAUUUUACAUUUUAUAUACUCUCCCAAAUUAUGAUUAUUUCUAUUAUU